AUGGUGUCAAACAACAGUUAUGCGCUGGAGCCAAAAGAUUAUAGAUGUGCUCUUCUCGUGUCGAAGCCUAUGAAUCUGAGUGAGAGAAACGUUCACACUCACGCAACGUCCUCAGCGUUGCUUGUUGAUCUCUUGCCCACUCGAGGAUAUGGCACCAGCAACGACGAUAGAGGCAACGCUGAACGUGUUAUUCUUUGCAGCGGAAACGAAUUCACUGAAAUAAGAACAAAGUUUUCUAUGGCUAAUUUAAAUAAAGAAAAAAUUGAUGCGGAAGGAAUGGCGCCGUAUUUCUCGGAACGCCUUAUAAGCAAGAGUGCGCAACAACUGAACAUACCGUUAGCUACUGAAUGGUUCCCAUACUACGGUGUGCCUCUGGGAGAGUUGAAAUACCCCGAGCUUGGAAUUCGUGGAAAUAUGUUCUUGUCAGAUGAUCACUCAAUCGUUCUUGAUAAAUUUACUCAUUCUCCUCAAAAAAUUGGCUCGAUUUCAAGACAACAUCUAAAGGACAGUGUGCUAUUUCUAACAACGCCUUCAUAUGAACAUCAUCCAAGAAGAGAACAGUUGGAAGCUACAUCGAUGCAUGUUCCAGUCGAAUCCUACGAAGUGUUCGAAUAUUUGGAAGGUGCAGAAGAAGCAGAAGAAAGUGAUGAAAAUGUAGACGUCCUCUUGUUAACACUUAAGAAAAGACCACCACCUGAACUCUCACUCCACCCAUAUUCGACCAACAACGAUGCUGACGCAAGCAUUUCAGAAGAUUACUGGGAUUCUCCAUUCUCGCUUCCACAAGCAAGAGAUGUACAAGUUGCUUUUCUUCUCACAAAUGGCGCUCGUUUAACAGACUAUAAAUGGAUCGGACUCUAUGAUCAGUGUAAAAAUAAGUCCAUUCCUCUUGUGUCGUUAGCAGAUGUCGACCCUCCCAGAGAGGAGGAAAUCGGCCAGAUAAAAGGCCUAGAACGCAACAUCUCGAGUGGAAUUGUGCGCAUACUGAAUUGCAACACAAUACUUGUUCCUGAUUUGUACCUCGACGUCGAUUUGAAGUUUCCACACACCUUUUUCUUUGUUGGAGUUGGAAACUUGACCCAUAUAGUUCAUCAAGUGAAAGGUCGAGCAAUCGGAUACGAACGAAAUGAUCCGUUAGAGAAGCAUACAGGAGACGCCUUAAUGAUUCGUUUACCACGAAGAAUUCGAACGUUUGAUGUCGAUUUUUUGUCGAUUUACAAUGAGGACGAAAAGAAAGUAUAUGGCUACAUGGAUCUUCCUAGUGUGCUAGUUCCUCCCUGUGCUGACGAUAUUUAA